AUGGCCCACGCAGAUCACACUCGCGAUCCCUGUCCAUGGGUCAUCCUCUCCGAUUUUGGUAGCGCCUUCGCCAUGGGUGCUGUCGGUGGUACCAUUUGGCACGGCAUCAAGGGCGCAAGGAACUCACCAAGAGGCGAUCGCAUGGUCGGAGCCCUCUCUGUCAUCAAGGCCCGCGCGCCCGUAACAGGUGGCAACUUUGGUGUUUGGGGUGGCAUGUUCUCGACAUUUGACUGCGCUGUGAAGGGCUGGCGGCAAAAGGAGGAUAUGUGGAAUGCUAUCAUCUCCGGUUUCAUGACCGGUGGAUGUCUCGCGGCGCGGAGCGGUCCCAAGGGUGCUCUCACAUCAGCCGUCAUGUGCGGCAUCUUGCUCAGCGUGUUCGAGGGUGUCGGUGUUCUUGUCUCACGGGUAUUCAACGAGGGCACUCGUCCUCAGCUACCACCACUACCCGAAAACAUGCAGCCACAGUAG